AUGUCGGACGCUCUCUGCCCUCGGCUGCAGCAACAAGUAGUUCUCUCCGGUACCGCACUUUGCUUUAGUUCCGAGUCUCUUGAUUUAGAUUGUGUCAUUGUCGAGAUCCUCUCAUGGCUACCUGCCAAAUCUCUUCUCCGAUUCCGGUGCGUAUGCAAAGCAUGGCGGGCCUUGAUCUCCGAUCCUUAUUUCAUCAGAAAACACCUCAGCCACAUCAACACCAAAAUCAGCACCAGCUAUUCUCUCCUACUCAGAGAACAAAUUUUCCGAUCCGUAGAGUACGAAGCAAUAUUGGAGUAUUUGAGCCUUGAGGGUCCUCUUCCGAGCAGAAGGCUUCAUUUUCCGGUACUUGAUCUACCGUUUGAUAUUCCUAAUAUUGAAAUCGUUGGUAGUUGCAAUGGGUUGAUAUGUCUAGUACUUGAUACUAAUGCUGAAGAAUCAUUUACCUUCAUGAUAUGGAAUCCUUGUACUGGAGAAUCCCAGGUCCUACCACUACCUCCCUUUCAUUCCUCCAAUAGUUCUUUUUGGGGGUUUGGUUAUGAUUCAACCACUAAUGAUUACAAAGUAAUACUGGGUAGCUAUAAAUCUGGUCAUGAAAUUGUUGUUGUCUUUACGCUAAAAACGGGUUCAUGGAGGAAUCUUCAAAGGCUCAACAGGUAUUUCGAGGUGAAUUGGACAGGGUGUCUAGCUAACGAAGCUCUGCAUUGGGUAUUGAAGGAAGUGGAAGGCGGUAGGUCAAUUGCUUAUAACUUGGUGUCAUUUGAUCUAGCGGAGGAAAAAUUUCAUGAGAUUCCACUCCCCUAUCCUCCCAAUCCAAAUGAAAUGCGGGGUUUGAUUGCUGAAGUUGGAAUUCUUAGUAAUUGCUUAACUCUGUACUUCCAAACCAUGUAUUGUGAACCUGGGUGCAAGUUUAAGAUGUGGGUGAUGAAGGACUAUGGAGUCAAGAAAUCUUGGACUGAGGUCAUAAACAUCCCUUCAGAGGCCCUAGACAAAGAGUAUAUAUACAUGACAUGCAUUUCUGAGAAUGGUGAAGUUUUGAUGCGGCAGGCUGAUGAUGGCUCAUUGGCAUUAUAUAAUCCGAAGGAAAAGACAUUUAGGAUUGCCAUGGACCAUGGUGGUUACUGGUAUGAAACUGCUACUUAUAUAGAAACUUUAGUUUCACCAUUAAGCGGCAGUACUGGCGCAACCGUGUGA